CCUAGGUGUGUACUCGACAGGUAAUAAGACACCAUAUUAGAUCAUAUUAAACUAUGAUAACUGAUAUUCAUCUAGUUGAUAUAUUUAUAGUGUAAUACUGAAGGUAAAAGUGACCGGGGAUUUCUUCAAACAAGGGUCAACUGAUGUAAGGUAAAAGGAAGGAGAAGGUUAAAGAUGGGUUGUGGAUCCAGUAAAUCGUCAGAUGAACCAUUACUAGAAGAGUUUCCGGUAGCCGACAGUGAAAAGGGAUAUCCCCCACCUAAACCCCCUGCAAACAGGAAGGAGGAAUGUUUCGAUUCACGAGAUUACACGAACGUCGAAUCUAAUGCUAAAAAGGCCUUGGCUUCUCCACAAUCCACCUAUGAUAGCUUAUUAGGGGAGAUAACUCGAGGAUGUACGACAGAUUUACAGAAACUACGAGCAGUAUACAUGUGGUUGGCGGCCCAGAAGAUAGAGAGUGAGAAUUAUCCGAAGAUCACUGAUAAUUCUACCCCCAGAGGCUACAUGAAAAACAUUAAACAUAAAAAUGGUUCAUACACGGCAUUUUUUACUCUACUCUGCAGAGCUGCCAAAUUACCGUGUGUUAUUGUGAAGGGAAAAGGAAAAUCUCUGAAUUAUGAAGUUGGCGACAAGGAUUUUACCAACCUUAACAGUCAGUGGACAGCAGUAUACAUAGAUAAAUCAUGGAGGCUUGUUCAUCCAUUGUGGUCAUUCCGUGCUGUGUCUGGAUUCAGUAAGGGCAACUGGACCAUGAUCGAGAAGGAAGGACAAGCAGUCAACAAAAAAGAAUCAAAAUCGUCCGGACAUGACGUCACGGGAUUAAACGAAUUUUAUUUUCUCACUGAUCCCGAUGAAUUUAUCUAUAUAUGUCGUCCUGAUAAAGAUCCAUGGCAGUUGUUAGCUCAACCUUGGUCGAUGGACAAAUAUAUAAAUAUUCCUUACUGCCACCCGAACUUCUUUCAGUUUGGUUUAAAACAUGAUAAAGAUCUCAAAUGCAUUCUCAAAUCACAGAAAGGAAAAUGUUGGAUUGAUAUCAUGCAUUCGGAGAACGUCGAUCCAACAUUUAAAUACGAACUGUUCUAUAACGAAAACGAAUCUCGUCGUCAAGCGCCAACUGAUAAAAGACUAGAUAAAUUUGUCGCUUACAACAACGAAGUGGAUUCGAAGGGCGUUGUUAUUCGAUUUCCGGUUGAAGGCGUUUUUAAAAUAGUAUUUAAGGGAUUCUGCGAGUUUAAACUAGAAUGUGAUAAAAUCGGCGAAACUGUUGACGAAUUUCCAAACAAUCCCGAAUUUGGCUAUGGACAGGGAACAACUGCCAAGAAAGGGGGAAUUAACUCCGCAAGUCCUACAAAUGGUUUUAUUUAUUUAGCGCGAUCUCAGAGAAAAACCUUUAGUUUAAAUGUUGAUGACCCGGCAAAGGUUACAACUACCUUAAAGAGCGGAGAUAACAAAAUAGAUUUCUCUGAUCACGUGACACAAGAUAUUUCCGGAAAUAGAGUGAAUAUUGACGUCAUGAUGCCGGAGAACCCGGAUGUUACAGAUUGUGUGUUACAGAUUUUAGUUGCCGGUAACCCCGCCCUCAAUUACCUUUUAAGUACUGACAAAAUAGUCAAUGAAAGCAAGAAGAAGGCGGAUCCAGUAAGAGACUCGUUGAUCAAGGCUACCAGAGGAACGGAUAUAGAUAAUCUGCAACGAGCAAUAAAUCAAUUUGAAAGUAAAGGACUGGAAGAUAAAGGCGAUCUGACCAGAGCCAAGGCCAGACUACAAGAACUUAUAGACGACCAGAAUGCAUCCAGAACAGAUGAGGCAUUAGACAGAAGUAUAAGAGACAGACUGAAAUUAGCUACUGAAGAAAGUGAUAUAGAUGAAUUAGAGGAAGCCAUUAAUGAAUUUAUAGCCAAUAGAUUAGAAGAUAGAGGUGAUUUAACAGAUGCUAAACAAAGAUUAUUGGAUCUUUACACCAGUGCUUUAGAAACGGCGAUAGAUGAAAGGAAUCUAGAUCGUUUAGAAUAUACAGUAGAACGAGCAAAGAAUUCCAGGGUUUGUGGUUCUCUGAGACACUCUCAAGUCAUGUUGGAUGCAGAAGAAACGUUAAGACAACUUAGAAGAUUGAAGAAAUACCUUGUAAAGAUUUUAGCAAUGAAACAGUCGACAGUAUCUGAAAUCAGCAGCUACAAACGACCUAAACAAUGUGUCCAUGACGUCAUGAAAGCUACAUAUCUAUUACUGGGCGAGAAAGAUAAAGCUUUAAAUAGAUGGGAACAUAUUCAGAGUUUAACCAGACGACUGGGUAAAGAGAGUUUAAUCAGAAGAAUAAAACAAUUUGAUGUAAUAAAUCUUCGAUUACCAGUAGCCAAUAAAUCAGAUAGAUUAUUGGGUUUAUACGAUCAAACUCUUGUAUGUAAAAAUAGUGCUGGCGCUGGAACCUUUUAUAACUGGAGUCGUCAUAUGGUGGAGGAGGUGGAAGAGAACGAUUCCAGAAGAAGACAACGUCAUGUUUAAAAUUUACACAGCAGCAAAUAAUUAGUCUAUUUAUCAUAUAUAUCAAUAUAUGUCUGUUAUACAAUAUCCCCGUCCAUAUCUGUCUCAUAUAACAUCUAUAUCUGUCUCAUAUAACAUCUAUAUCUGUCUCAUAUAACAUCUAUAUCUGUCUCAUAUAACAUCUGUAUCUGUCACAUAUAACAUCUAUACCUGUCUCAUAUAACAUCUAUAUCUGUCUCAUAUAACAUCUGUAUCUGUCACAUAUAACAUCUAUACCUGUCUCAUAUAACAUCUAUAUCUGUUAUAUAUAAUGUCUAUAUCUGUUUCAUAUAAAGUCUAUAUCUAUCUCAUAAAUCAUCUCAUUCUGUCUCAUAUAAUGUCUAUAUGUCUCAUACAUGUAUGAUGUUUAUAUAUGUCUCAUAUAUCUGAUCUAAAACCGAAUAAAAACUGAGAUGUAUCUUAUAGUGAAUAUAGGUGAAAUGCACAACAUCCCGAUUUCGUGUCGGCAACAAUCUUUCGGGUAAAACAGAUUUCUCGUCGGCGAUUUUUCGACACAGAUCUUUCGUAAUCAAAAUUUUGUCAAACACGAGAAUUCCCAACGUCUUCUGUGGUUACAUAGAAAUGUUUAUUUAAGCGUCCACGCAUGCCCUGGUUGAUUGAUUUAUACAAUAUUAAAGUAGCUAAGUCUCUAACUCAAUAUCAUCCAAAAUCUUCGACAUUCAAAACGAGAAUUAUUGCCAAUUUUAAUCAACAUUGAUGUUGUGGUCUUACCGGGAAAAGAUAAGCUUCUGAAAUCGAAUAUUUAAGCCAAAAUAAACAUUUUGCCAUUGGUACACGAAUCGUGUACCAUAAUGCGUUUCAACGCCAUUUGUAACAAGGGACUCGAAAAACGGGGCUAGGCUUAUUCUGUAGACUGGAAUAACCCGACGCUAGAGAUUGCCAUUCGAUUGAGACUUCUGUCGUAUUUCGCCAAACGUAACUGAUUAGAAAUUACAGUAAAAACAGAAACUAUUGAAUGUAAAUCAGUUUGUAUACAUUCGUAUUACAUUAUUAUAUGCGUUGAGACCCAUAAUUUGUGUCAAUUUCUAGAUCCCAAAUAUUGGCGAUUUAGCUCCUUUAGACUUUAAAAAUAGGGAAUAGAUUUGAUGAACCCCGACAAAACAUCAGAGAAAAUAAUGGAAAACUGCCGACAAAUAAAUCUUGGUGUGUGCAGGCCUUUAAUGUAAUUCAAAUGUUAAAACUGAUGUAUUUUACAUGCAAACGGUAGGAUUUUUUAGCAAAAUGUCAUGGGCGCUGUUAUCUCCCUUGAACACAUAAUACAAAUAAUUUUUUUAUCAAAUAUGACCAAAAUGUGACAGUACAAUUAUUUGAAAAAGAAAAAGUUUGCGGAAAAGAUCAAAAUUAUUUCAAUGUCAAGGCGGAUGCAGAUGGGGUUUGCCAGGUUCCUGUUAAGGAAAUUUGACCGUUGCCAAUGCAUGAUGCAAUUAAUUUCAUUGACGCAAAGCAUUAAUUGUGAUUUCACAUAUUAUGCCUAUAUAAUUAUCUAGCGCUUUGAUUGCCCACCUAAUCCCACUAUCUGAUGAUAAAGGAUAAAGUACACGACCGUGACUCUUGGAUCCCUUGGGGUUAAUCGCCCUGCCCCUUGUAAAUGUGAUUCCAUUCUUGCAUAUUCUUUACAAAAAUAUAUACUUUAUUAUAACAUGGUUAUUUAUAAGAUGGAAAAUAGACGAAUAGGUGGAAUCAACAAAUUUAUAUUAGUAAAGUAAAAUGAAAGAUAAAUUCUAUGGUGUAUUGUUUUUAUAGCUGUAUCUGUGAUAUUUGUCAAUAAAGUGCUUUAUUUAUUUAUUUAAAGAGCUAAAUCU